CUGUAGUUCUCUUUCCAGUUGCAGAUUUUAAAAGUGUAUUGAUUUUUUAGUAUGCUUUUGAUUUUUCAAGAAGCAUUCACAUAAGCUUAAAGAUAGAAGCAAUCAAUCAAUACCCAUUAUUGUACCAGUCUAUUAUAAGCUACAAUAUGUCUGUAUAUCACGCAGUUCCUACUACUACCGAUCGUUACAAUAACAAUGUCAUCCAUGAAUCAAUGCAAGUAACCAAAAAGCCAGCGCGAUCUCGACCCAUGCUAGCCGGCAUUAUGUUGGCUAUCUGUAUCAUAGCAUUUGUUAUACAAACAGAGCUCGCUCAAUAUGUGCAAAGGUCAACUAACUAUGCAAAACCCUAUUUUAUAUUGUACAUAAGCCAUUCGUGUUAUAUUUUUAUGCUGCCAUUACAAUUUUUCGCCGAAUAUUUUUCAAGUUGUCAUCAUAGUAACAAAGAAGAAGAUGGAAACGAACAAGAGUCUCGACGCUACUUAUCCAUUCAUGAAAGAUUGCAUGAUGUGAUACAGGAGAUUGUUUCAUGCGUUACUGUUUCAUUAGAUGCUUUGCAAUACCGACAUGAAGGCAACAGCGGUAAUCCGUCCGAUGAUUCGAGCAGCAACAAAAAGAGAAUUCUAUUGUUAUUGAAACUGUGUCUAAUUUUGGCAGUGCUGCUCACAUUGCCGUCUUAUAUAUGGUAUGUUAGUGUUAACCUAACUUCUAUGUCCAAUUUGACAGCAAUCUAUAAUACAGGUUGUUUCUUUGCCUAUCUAUUCAACAUUUUGAUGUUGCACGACCGACUCGUUCUGUCCAAAGGGUUUGCUGUUAUCUUAUCUAUGUUGGGCGUUCUUACAAUGGCUAUAUGGGCAGAUUCGUCAUCAGAUGAAGGGGAUAGCAGCAGUCUUCUGAAUGGGAACAGUAGUGGUGGUGAAAAUACAAAUAGUUGGUUGGGCAUUGCAGUUGCCACUUCAGGUGCCGCAUUUUAUGGGUUCUACGAAGUCUACUACAAAAAAUAUGCCUCUCCUGCACAGCCAACCAUUUUAUUUGCGAAUAUUAUGACUGGUAUUAUUGGUAUAGCAACUUUCAUUUUUUUAUGGUUGCCACUUCCGUUAUUACAUUGGAGCGGUGUAGAGCCUUUUGAAUUACCUGAAUGGACGACAUUUAAAUAUAUCCUACUAGUAGCCUCCAUGAGUGUUAUCUAUAAUGCGACAUUUAUGGCAGUUAUUGCGUUGGUGAAUCCUGUUUAUGCUGCAGUAGGCGUAAUGCUAACCGUACCAGCGGUUGCUGUUACUGAUGUGUUGCUGACAGGCGUUAUGGUUCCAACGUCAACAGUGAUUGGAAGUAUCUUGAUUUUGGUGAGUUUUUUCGUUCUAAAUAAGCAAGUACUUAAUGAAGAAAAAGAAACGGCCAUGAUAGAUCAUUUAGAAGAAGGGGAUGAAAGAGAAUAAAAGUCUAUAGAUAUUCGCUCGACUUGAAUUUUGACUUUACUUUGAUUGAUUUAGUGUUCAUUAUCGUUUAUCUGUAAAAAGUCAUGAGGGACUCAAAUAGUUAAAAUGAAAGACAGU